ACUAAAAUGAAUAUUUUAUAAAAGAGGAAAAUUAGGAGUUGAACUAAACUAAACUUAUUAGAGCUGAACUAAACUGUGUACUGAAUAAAAAUAAUCGUAUAAGUAAUUACAGACUUUACAUACCCCAUACCACUUUUUUUUUUUUUUUUUUUUUUUUUUUUUUUUUUUAAAUAAUAGUAAUAAAAAUAAUAAAUUAAAAAAAAAAAUCAGCAUAUAGUGGGUCGACUAGUCGAGUGAGAACAGCAGAGUUCUCUCGACUCUCGACUGCCUGAAUAAGCAUAACAAUCUCUCUCUUCUUUCUCUCUCAUUAUUCUACAAUUCUUGUAAUCAAUUCUCUUCCAAUAUUUAUUGAUCUUGUAUUAAACAAUUAGAAAAAGCUGAAUCAGUUUUAUUCUUGGGUUUUUUAACCCAUCAAAUUCCUAAACCUAUAACCAGUAACAACUGAACUUGAACUUGAGAGCUUCAGCCGCCAUUGAGCUCAGGGAAGUGGAGCACUUAAUACAAUAACAACAAUGAUUUGUGAAUUUUUGAAGACAGUAGAUGCAAUGUGAAGAAAUGAUCAAUAAUGUUGUUUAUGCAAUUUUUAAGGAGUAGAAGAAGGAAUUUUCUUGCACCUUUUUCUUCGCUUACAAAUGCUUUUUCAAUCCCCAUCAAAUAUCUCCCCUCUCAAAAUUCCCUUAUCCAAUCAUCAUCUCAAGUUUCCAUACCACAUUCAAAGACAAAGUUCUAUGCCUCCCUUUUGUGCUCCCUCAUUCAUCUAUUUCUGUCCUGUGGACAUCCUUCCCGGGCUAUUCAAACAUUUUCCUUCAUGCAAUCGAAUGGAGUUGCUCCGUCAGACUUGCGGUCGUGGAAUCACCUCCUACGUGGAUUUCAUAACCUUGGCAUGGCUUGUCAGGUAUGGCUUGUCUAUUCAGAGAUGCUGGCUUGUGGGGUAAUGCCUAAUGUCUCCACCCAUAACAUAUUAAUCCGCUCUUUAUGCAAUUUGGGCAUGUUGGAUUCUGCUCUUCACUUUGUUGGGACUGUUGUUGAAGUUGAUACUGUCACCUAUAAUGCUCUGAUAUGGGGUUUCUGCCAGCGAAACUUGCCAGAGCAGGCCAUGGGAUGCUUGUCUCAGAUGAUAAAGAAGGGAAUUCCUAUUGAUAUUUGUACUGGUAAUAUUUUGAUCAAGGGAUUUUGUGAUGUUGGAUCGAUGGGACAUGCAGAACAGGUCUUAAAUAAUUUAGUCGAAUACAAUGGUGACAAUGUUGAUUGUCUUCCUGAUCUGAUAAGCUUUAACACCUUGAUUCAUGGCUUUUGCAAAAACGGUAUGAUGACUAAUGCUCUUCAAGUAAUGGAAGAUGUAAACAAGAUGGGUUUACUACCUGACAUUAUUACUUAUAAUAUUUUACUUUAUGGAUUUUGCAAGAUCGGGAAUUUUUCUGAGGCCAAGAAACUAUUGAAUAUAAUAUGGGAAUCACAGUUAGGUGAACAGUCUCUGUCAGAUGUGGAAAAUAUUCAGAUCGAUGCUAAGAAAACAGGUGUAGCAGUAGUACAACCCAAUGUGAUUACAUACACAACAUUAAUCACUGCAUACAGCACCCCAGAAGUUAUGCAUGAAGCACUGGCUGUAUAUCAGGACAUGGUUAAUGCUGGAAUCUUUCCGGAUCUAAUUACAUAUACUUCCAUUUUAAGUGGCCUUUGCAAGAGUGGAAAGGUAACAGAGGCACAGGCUCUUUUUCAGGAGAUGAAGCAAAUGGGAAUAGAACCUAAUCACGUGUCAUCCUCAGCUAUCAUUCAUGCUUUAUUAAAAUGUGGGAAUCCAUUAGGCGCAUUUGCCUUUCUAAGUCAGAUGGUGGUUCGUGGGUUAUGUCUUGACCUUGUCUUGUAUACAGCUAUGAUGGAUGGGCUUUUUAAGGCUGGAAAACCAACAGAGGCUGAAGACAUGUUUAAGAUGCUCUUAAUGCAUAACAUGAGACCCAAUCAAAUUACUUAUUCUGCACUGAUUGAUGGUUGCUGCAAAUUAGGGAACAUGAAGAAUGCUGAAUCCGUGUUGCAAGAGAUGGAGGUUUCAGGUGUUACUCCAAGUGUCAUCACUUACUCAUCAAUGAUGAAUGGAUAUAUUAAAGAAGGAAUCCUUGAGAAAGCUUUCGAAUUACUGAGGAAGAUGGUGCAGCAAAAUGUGGUUCCUAAUUCCAUAACAUAUGGUACUUUGAUACAUGGGUGUGUUAUGGCUGGGAAGCAAGAGCUUGGCUUGGAGUUGUACGAGGAAAUGAAAUCACAAGAUUUAGAAGAAAAUAAAUAUAUAGUUGAUACAUUUGUUAAUAUGUACAAAAGAAGUGAAAAGAUGGACGAAGCAAUGGAUUUGGUUAAGGAUGUCAUGUCCAGAGGCAUAUUGCUUGACCGCUUUAACUACACAAAUUUGAUGGAUGGCUACUUUAAGUUGGGAAAUGUGUCUGCUGCUCUUCAUCUGGCCCAAGAAUUCACUGAAAAAGGUUUAGGAUUUGAUAUUGUUGCAUUUAAUGUGUUGAUGAGUGGACUUUUGAAGCAUGGAAAGUAUGAGCCUGAAUCAGUUUAUGGUGGUCUGGAACAGUUUAAUUUGGUUGCAGAUGCUGCUACAUACAACACAAUGAUCCAUGCUUAUUGUAAGGAUGGAAGAGUGGAGGAGGCUCUUAAAUUGUGGUCUGAUAUGAAGGUUGAUGGGCUAAUGCCCAAUAAAAUUACCUGUAAUAUCCUUGUUACAGGAUUGUGUAAUUUUGAUAAGCUGGACAAAGCAAUGGAUAUUCUAUUUCAAAUGUCAGCUAUUGGUUUCUUUCCGAUGCCUAGUGUGCACAGAGCUGUCCUUGCUGCAGCUUCAAAGACCAGAAGGGCAAGUGUAAUCAUGCAGAUUCAUGAGCAGCUUCUAGACAUGGGCCUUGAGGCAAAUUAUUUAAGCUAUAACUCCCUUAUCAAUGUCUUGUGCAAGCUGGGAAUGACAAACAAAGCUUCUACUGUUUUAAAAAACAUGAAAAGCAGAGGAAUACCAGCUGAUAUUGUCACUUAUAACAACUUUAUACUUGGAUAUUGCAGAAGUAGCCAUAUAAAAAAGGCCUUUGCAACAUAUUUCCUAUUGCUAAAUGAGGGGCUGACCCCUAAUAUGGUCACUUACAAUACUCUGCUUGAUGGUGUAUUCUCUGCAGGUCUAACGAGAGAGGCAGUGAGAUUGAUUGAUGAAAUGAAAGAAAGAGGAUUUGUGUUUAAUGCUGUGACAUACAAUAUUUUGGUCUCGGGUUAUGCAAAGAUGAGUAAUACAAAGGAGUCAAUCAGACUUUACUGCGAAAUGGUGUGCAAAGGUUUCAUCCCCACGACUGCUGCAUACAAUACACUUAUCCACCAGUUUUCACUGCUGGGAAAGAUGAGCCAGGCUAGAGAACUUAUGAAUGAAAUGCAGGUUAGAGGCAGAUCACCUAAUGCAUCAACAUAUGACAUACUCAUAAGUGGGUGGUGCAAUUUAUCCAAUCAAGCAGAGCUUGAGAAGAUGUUGAAACGAUCAUAUCAAGCUGAAGCCAUGAAAUUGUGGAAUGAAAUGACUGAAAAAGGGUUGGUUCCUGGUACAAGCACUAUCUCUUCUAUCUGUCGCACUUUAGCGAGAUCAGGUAAGAAAGCUGCUGCUCUGAGAUUAAAGGAACAGUACUAUGGAAGAGGUCACGUUACAAUUAGUCCAAGCAGCGAGGAGUAGCUUAAAUCCAUUGUUUUUAGGUUAUCCUUCUCACAUUGUUGGUCUCUUAUCUAAGUUGAUGCCUAAAUUGGCCACAUUGCUGAAGAGAGAACAGCAGAAAGUGCACUAUGAUACUCCCUCACUCAAGGAGCUCUCUGAGAAAGCCCUCCCACUAAAUAUUUUGAGUGUCUGUGCUAGUUGGGUGAGGGUUUCCUUUUUUCCUUGAAAGGCUAAUCUUCCUCCCUGGUGGAGACUUGAGGAAAUGAGGCGCAUUUACUGAAAUUCAACAACUUCACUAUCUUCUCUGUAGACAUAGUACUACUGGUUGGCCAGCAUAGAGAAGCUUUUUGCCAGUUGAGCAGCCAAUCAUAUUGCUGGAGUUGUAUCUGUACAAUCUCAGAAAAAGAUGCUACAAGUCUCUUGUUGUCUUUGAGAGAGGUCUUCUCAUAUGAAGUGCAUUUAUCGCAAACCUUGUUGGGUCACUAAUGGAGUUACAUGUGAAGUCUCCCAUGAUGACCUGGCGGUGUAUGGGAUGACAGUGGGGAAGAUAGGCAGAAUAAGCACCAUUGUGCUUUAUCUUCCGUUCUUCACUUAACAUCAUUUGAGAAUAUAGGAAGGCGGCCCUGUAGAAGACAUUGCUUAAUUAUAUGUUUCAAUGAUCAACAACAAGCUGCACAAGGAGUUUGCUGAUUUCGUCGUGAUUAAGGUGAUAUUGCUGGAGGGAGCCUGAUUACAUUUUGAAGCUUCCACAGGGAAUAUUAUUUCAUUACGGAAACUUGCAUAUGUGAAUGUGAAGUUAGCUUUUCAUUAGUGCAUGUAUAGAACAUAUUAUUAAGGCUACAUCAACAUGGUAGCUUAUGCUUGAUUUAAUGUGUCGAGAAUUUUGUACUUUGUAUUAUACAGAGCACAAUAUGCAUCAAUUAACCGACUCAACUGAUUGAUAAUUGAAUACAAUUUUAUGCUA